UGCCGAGUCCCUCCCGCCGCGAGGCGCCGCGGGGCUGGGCUGCGCUGGGCCGCCGCGUAGGUAGCCGUGGCGGGCGGCUGUGCGCCGGGGUCGCAGAUAUGCUGCUGCUCAAGAAACAGACGGAGGAUAUCAGCAGCGUCUAUGAGAUCCGGGAGAAGCUCGGCUCGUGAGUGUGUGGGCGCUUUCUCCGAGGUGGUCCUGGCCCAGGAGCGCGGCUCCUCACACCUUGUCGCUCUCAAGUGCAUCCCCAAGAAGGCUCUUCGAGGCAAGGAGGCCUUGGUGGAAAAUGAGAUCGCGGUGCUCCGCAGGGUCAGCCACCCCAACAUCGUGGCUCUGGAAGAUGUCCAUGAGAGCCCUUCCCACCUCUAUCUGGCCAUGGAGCUGGUGACAGGGGGUGAGCUGUUCGAUCGAAUCAUGGAGCGUGGCUCCUACACGGAGAAGGACGCUAGCCACCUGGUGGGCCAGGUCCUUGGCGCUGUCUCCUACCUGCACAGCCUGGGCAUCGUGCACCGAGACCUCAAGCCUGAAAACCUCCUCUACGCCACCCCCUUCGAGGACUCCAAGAUCAUGGUCUCUGACUUCGGCCUCUCCAAAAUCCAGGCUGGUAACAUGCUAGGCACCGCUUGUGGGACCCCAGGCUAUGUGGCCCCGGAGCUCUUGGAGCAGAAACCCUAUGGGAAGGCUGUAGAUGUGUGGGCCCUGGGUGUCAUCUCCUACAUCCUGCUGUGUGGGUACCCCCCCUUCUAUGAUGAGAGCGACCCUGAACUCUUCAGCCAGAUCCUGAGGGCCAGCUACGAGUUUGACUCUCCCUUUUGGGAUGACAUCUCAGAAUCAGCCAAAGACUUCAUCCGGCACCUUCUGGAGCGAGACCCUCAGAAGAGAUUCACCUGCCAGCAGGCCUUACAGCAUCUUUGGAUCUCUGGGGAUACAGCCUUUGACAAGGACAUCCUGGGCUCUGUCAGUGAGCAGAUCCAGAAGAAUUUUGCUCGGAAUCACUGGAAGCGCGCAUUCAAUGCUACCUCCUUCCUCCGCCACAUCCGCAAGUUGGGGCAGAGCCCGGAGGGUGAGGAGGUCUCUGGAAGAAGGGUGAUGAGCCGCAGCCACCCGGGCCUCCCGACUGGCCAGCCCCCCGAGUGGUGACAGCCAGGCAGGUGCCCAGGCUGAGUGCAUGGACCCUCAGACCCCCCUGCUCCACACACCCCACCCCGUCAGCCCAGGGCGGGUCGCCGCAGGGAGAGUUCGAGUCCUGUUGGGUGGGGUGCAUGGCGCUGGGGUGGGGUGUUUGCAGACUUCCCCUCCUCUGUUGCCACCACACCCCAGCUACGAGCCAAGAGGCCCCAGGGGUGUCCAGCCCGCGCGUGUUCUGUGCUUCGCUGUGGGUGGUCCUGCUUGUGUUGUGGCCCUCCGGAUCCCCCACCUGCCCCAGUCUCCCCCAAAUCAAUAAAGACAG